AUGAUGGAAGGCCCAGUGAAUUGCGAGCGGUAUCUGUCCUGGGCCAAUGCCUUCCUGGUGGUGUACAGCAUCAAUGCCGUGGAGAGCUUCAGAGGCUGUCAGCUCUACUUGCAGACACUCUCCCUGCACAACAAAACCUUCAGUCCACAAACUCCCAUCAUCCUGCUGGGCAACAAGCUGGACAUGGAAAGAUACAGGCAGGUGAGUCAGCGUGACGGUGAGGCCUUGGCAGCUCAUUUCGGCUGUUUAUUCUUCGAGGUGUCGGCCUGUAGGGACUUCCACUCCGUGCAGCACGUCUUCUACGAGGCGGUGAGGAGGGCGAAGAGGGACGGCGAGCGCGUCAGUUUGAUCCGUCCCGUUUAUGUCAGCGAAGACAAGGCUCUGCUCAGCGUCCCCUCCUUCACAACUCCGUGCUACAAGCAGCUGCCGGCCCCCUCCACCGCCAAGCUGGUCACCGUGAAGACGUCCAGAGCUCAGAGCAAACGGAGAGCCGCCACGCUCACCUUGCUCAAGGGUUUCAAGAUCUUCUGACGUGCCAUGGACCUCACCUCUGUGUCUUCGGUCCCUAACUGUGAUGAGUAAGACUUGACACUCG